AUGCUGAACGAUUUCAAAUCCGAGUGCCGCAAAACCAAACGUAGCCGACAAAUGACCGAGUUCAUGGAUCUGGUAAUAGAGGCCUUGUCCAGCUACAUGAGCGCUGUACAUCACAUUGCCAACGAGCAGCGGCAAUUCCGGAUACAGAGGGAACUAGAGACGUACAAAUUCCUCAAGCUCAAUUCGGACAAGAGCUUACUUUCGGCAGCAGUGGCACCCAAGGUUAGCGAACCUAGGUCGAUCAAUGGCCUGGAUAAGCGCAUUCAAAAAGCGGACAAACGCUCAUCAGCAAUGGAUGACGAGGAAUUGGAUGAUUUUGCUGAAAACAUGGAGAGAUCCAGGGCAAAAGUGGUUCAACAAGACGAAGAAUUGAAUAAUAGCAGCUCCUACUUAGAGGAGCCAGAAGAGCUUAGUCCCGAAGACAUACAGAUUUUCGAAUCAGAAAAUGUACAACUGUACAAUGAACUGAAAGGCUUAUCGGAAGAAGUGGAACAAAUCGAGAAGAAAGUUGGAGACAUUGCCUAUCUUCAGGAACUCUUCACCGAAAAGAUUUCCCUACAAAAAACGGACAUUGACCGAAUCGCCAACACAGUUGUGGGUGCAACGGAAAACGUGAAAGACGCCAAUGAACAAAUCAAACAAGCGAUCCAACGCAACGCAGGCCUUCGCGUGUGGGUUCUGUUCUUCUUGAUUGUGAUGUCGUUGACGUUGUUGUUUCUGGAUUGGUAUAAUGAUUAG